UUACUAUACUAGAGAUAUUAAAAUUGAUAUUUUCAGUUUUAAAUAUGCAUUAGCUUACAGUGCAUCUAUUACAGAAUUUGCUACAAAUGCCUUAUCAAUGAGUCUUUGUAAUUUUCUUUUUAUUCUUUGGUAUAAAAUAAAUGGUGAUUUUUUUCAUAAAUUAAUAAUUUAAGGAUUAAAUUAUCAUUUAUUAACUCAGUAGUGGCUAAGCGAUAGUCAAACAUGAUUUUGAGCCCUUUUUUUUGUAAAAUUAAUGUAUCAUUACAUAAGCAUAUUACCAGCACGAUAACUAAAUAGAAACUAACCGGGGAAGGGAAACAAGAUUCGAUGAUGCUCGAUGACUUUCUCCCUCGUUCGACACGAAUCCGUGUCAAGGGUUGGUGAAGCAUAUGUGUAUCCAUAUGAAUAUGACAAUGACGUCACCGAAUGACGUCAGCACCGUUACAAGUUUCUUCCGAGCUACUAUAUAAUUUAUGUAUUCGUGAAUACUGUUAUGUACUGUAUGUAAUUUAGAUCAUGCGAUUUACAUAUGUUAACAUAUGUAUUCCGUUGACGAAAAAACAUGUAAUCGAAGGACGUAAAACGAAAUUCCAACGCGAUACAAGUUGGACCUAUUUAGUCAAUUUUCCUUCGCAAUUUGUUAUUUUUAGCGAUAUACAAAUUUCGUUAAUACAUAGCGAUAUAUUGUGGCGCAUUUAAAUAGGUACGUUAUUCGUAGUCUUUCGAAAAUAUUCGUUGAGAUGUUAAUUUUCAGUAUACCACGAAACACGACUAAAAAGCAACGUGUAAAGUAACAGAAUGAACGAAUUAAAAACAGCAAUUUAUGAAAGAAAACAGGAUAUACCAAAGGUCAUUGAUUCAAUGAUUACUUGAAUCUUGAAUAAUAUCAGUUUUCUUCACGACGAAACCACAGACGAAUUUAAUUUGUGGUUGAAUGACGCAUGGUCUCAUAAUAAUAAUAAAGAUUGAAUAUCAAAAGAGUGAGAACAAAAAAUGAAAACUAGCUGGUAUCAAAAAUAUUUGUAAAUUCACAAAUACAAAUGAAGUAUGAAGUUGAGCUAAUUUUGAACGAUAAAAUCUUAUAAUUCAUACAAUCAAAACAAUGCCGUUAAUGAUGAAUAAAUAAUCAAUUUCGAUCGUUAACAAUACUAUCGGUAAUCGUAAUAUUGCUCGUGAGAUCUAAAUAAUUUUACGACUUCGUAAUGUUCAUGGAAUAAAACGUAAUAAUGGAAAAUUGUUAUGUUACGAACAGGUUAUAUUGACACAGCUGCGCAACGAAACCGCGGGUAUAAUUAAACAAAUUGAAAAUUACGUUGAAAUUACUACGUCUCACAAUUGACAGUUCGUAACAUUACAAAUUACACGCGGGAUACGCAGUGGUUCGCUGUAAUAAAAUAAUAUACGAUAGCGCGUACAGUACAUUUAUUCAAGGACAUCAUUUAAAACGAAUUAUCGGAGAUCUAGAAACUAUUUCUCCUUAUGAACGAGUCGAUCGCAUGAUUGUAAAUUAUUGUUAGUAGAUUUGAAAGAUGCGACUUUUCAUUGACUUUGAAGAAAAUUUUCAGAAAAAGCCAAUAGUGUCGAUAUCGUUCGCGCACGACGUUAUGGUUUCCGUCACUAUCCGAUGCACGAUCAGCUUACGAGAGGGUGGAGGGAAACGGUCCGCCAUUUUGAUCGUGACGCGCAGCGCGGAGGUCGUGGGCUCCACCAGUGACGAAGCCACUGGAGUUUUGACGUGGCUGCUACGUACCUGCCCGUUUGCCCACUCCGAUUGCAGCAAAGUUGGUGACGAGAAAUACGUAACUGGGUUUGAGGUUCCCAGGCUAUGGAAAGUAUGGUUGAAGAAAAUGGAUCAACUGUUGACCCAUUGGCUACAGGUCCCCAAGAUGCGGCACCAGCAAUAGCUACAUCGGUACAAUCUCUCAAUAGAACACAUCAGCAGCAAACUCAUCAUCUGGUAGCUUCUACCAGCAUUGUGCAACUGACGCUACCUUCGUCAGGAACAACACAGGUACAGUCUGUUAUACAACCUAAUCAGCAAUCAGUAAUUCAGACUGCAACAAAUAUUCAACCUGUUGCUAUUUCAAAAGGAAAUGUUAUUCUUGUUAGUAAACCCAACUCUGUUAUUCAAACAGCUCAAGCAAGUUUGCAGACACUUCAGGUGGUCGAGACAGGUAGCGAUGAUAGUUUCUCGGACUCUGAAGAAUCGCCAGAACAGAGAGGAGGUAUUCUUACCAGACGUCCGUCUUAUAAGAAAAUUCUCAAUGAUUUAGGUGGCGGUGAAAUUACAGACGGUCGAUUGCCCCCUCUAGAAUCAUCUUCUGAGUGUGAUUCUAACGUGGACAGUGAAGUAUCUUCCCACUCGCUCCAUUAUCAGACAGUAAUUCCCGCUGGUACCAUUCAAAUUGCAACCCAAGGAGAGGGUGUUCCAGGACUUCAUACGUUAACUAUGAGUAACGCAGCAACAGCGGGCGGAGCUAUAGUACAGUAUGCGCAAGGUCAAGAUACACAGUUUUUUGUCCCAGCUUAUACAGGACACGGUGUUGUAGUAGAGGAUGCGGCUAGAAAAAGAGAAUUAAGGUUGCUUAAGAAUAGAGAAGCAGCGCGCGAGUGUAGAAGGAAAAAGAAGGAGUAUAUAAAGUGUUUAGAAAAUCGUGUUGCAAUAUUGGAAAAUAGAAAUCAGACGUUAAUAGAGGAACUAAAAUCCUUAAAACAGCUAUGCGAGCCGAAAACUGACUGAGGUUGGUGUUUAAUGUUGAGACAUUGUAUCAAAACUAUUAACCAGCUAAAAAAUCUGUACAUGUCUGUUUUGUGUACAUUAUCCUAAACGUUGUUAGGUAAGCAAUGGUGAUGUACAUGCAUUCUUAUAAAUAAGUGUUUCUGUAACAUAUUGUAUUUAAGUGCGAAUACGAAGGCUUGUGAAACUUGCUAUUACUAAAGCGAGAAGCCAAAGGUAUAUGAAAUACGAAGGCAGCAAAUAGGCAAUAUUCAGGAAGUCAAUCUAUAUUUUGGAUAAAUUUAACAAUCAUAUAAAUUCAUAUUGACGUUUACAUAUUCAAAAACCAUACAUUGAUAACAAAACAGUAACAUCAAUGUUUGAAGCACAUUCAUUUAGAUUAUAAUGAAUAUGUGACGUUGAACAAUACUUCGGCAAUGUUUUAUCUAUAAAUGAUUGUAUUUGUGUAGUUUUCCUCUACUUUAGGGAACUUUACAUUAGCGAAAGUUCGAGAGAAUUACGAAAAAUGAGAAAA